UGGGACUCGUGGGUCCGCGUUUCCGAGCAUGGGCUCCUCCGCGUCCCACGCCGUGGAGCCCGUGAAGGUCGCCUCCUCGUCCGAGGCCCCCUGCUCCGCCCAGCCCGCAGCCCUCGCAGCAGCCGGGGAGCCGACGCCCUCGGCAGCAGAGCUCGGACUUCGUAACUGCUGGAGCUGUCGCUUGCUCUCCGGGGCGGGGCUGAUCGGGGCGGGCGGAUACGUGUACUGGGUGGCCCGAAAGCCCAUGAAGAUGGGCUAUGCCCCCAGUCCGGGGACAAUUGCGCAGAUGGUCGUCGGCAUCAGCAUUGCUUGUUGGGGUGUAGUCAUCUUGACAGAUCCCAAAGGAAAAGCUUACCGUACUGUUUGAACGUGUCGCCAGUGAAUUUGUCAUCUUUUCUACCUGUCUCCAUGGUAAACAGAGCAAGCAUGGAACUUACGGAUGCAUGGACAUCGAGACACUUGAGAUCUGUGCUUACUGCAAGACUGAAGAGACAAAUACGGAUUGUCAUUUAUUGGCCAUGGGCAUUUGUGACCUCAGGUUCCAUAAGGACCAAUAAAUCCCUUAGAGA